GAGAAUUAAAACGUGAUGAAGCUGCAUUUCUAUUUGGUUUGCCUUCGGGCAUAGUAAAUGUAGAAUAAAUUACUGACACACGAUACAUAUAUACAUACAGGCACUUACUUACACGUAUAUAUAUAUAUAUAUAUGUAUACGUACAUACACACAAUUUAUAUAUAUAGAUACAAAUACAGAGACAUACAUGAACCCAUAUUGAAACAACUAGGACAAGGGUUCGCAUCCGGGCUGAGAAGCAGAAACAAGACAUUACGUGAGGUCACAAGUGUUGAUUUGAUUAUGAAAAACAAACAAUGUGGGUGAAGUUUGAAGAAGUUCUUUUGGCGAACGCACUAUGGGUUGUAGAACGAGCCAACCCGUUUUUUGUUCUACAGCGAAGGAAAGGCUAUGGAGGUGGUGGAAUCACCGGAUUAUUGGUUGGAACUCUGGACACCGUGUUAGACAAUAAGACUCCACCCUACAGAAUUCUUCACCAAACAACAAAUUCAGAAGUCAGCUACACUGUGGCUAUAGCUAACAAUAAGAAAGAGAUUCACAGAGACUGGGAAUGGUUAGAGCAACAUAUGUUAGUUACCUUAGGUGCAUUUGAAAAUGAAGAAGAUGCCACAGAAUUUGUCAAAUGUAAAGUGGAAAGCAUUCUUGCCAACAGAGACAACUCCAAAGAUGUUGACGAUGAAACAGAGAGAUUUAAAGCUGCCACUCGGAAGUUCCAUAAACUUUUCAACAUGCCCAAGGAAGAAAAACUGGUCAAUUACUAUUCCUGUAGUUACUGGAAAGGAAAAGUUCCACGGCAGGGAUGGAUGUACUUGAGCAUCAAUCAUAUUUCUUUCUACUCCUACCUGAUGGGAAAGGAAGCCAAGUUGAUCAUUCGGUGGACAGAUGUCACGAAACUUGACCGUGGCAACAAUAUGGUUUUCCCUGACAGUGUCAAGGUAUCAACAAGGGAAGGAGACCACUACUUCUCAAUGUUGCUACACAGUUCCGAAACCUUCAGGCUGAUGGAGCAGCUAACUAAUAUGGCAAUGAAACAGUUAAUGUCUGAAGUGGGGUUUGAAGAGGACAAAAUGUUGACACACAGAACAAAGAAAAGAGCUUCCAGGAAAAUAUCACUGCUGAAAAGAGAUUUAGAUGCCAAGGCUCGCAGUGAAGCUUUUCGGGCUGCCUUCCACCUACCAGCCCAUGAGAAACUGGAUGGAGACACAGAUUGCAUGCUGUGGACUCCUUAUAACAAGCAACAUGUCAGUGGUAGACUCUAUCUCUCACUUAAUUAUAUCUGCUUUGCCAGUAGGAUCCGUGAUCAAGUAUCUGUGAUAAUCCCUAAUCGGGAAAUCCUUGUAGUAGAGAAGAUUGAUAGUUCACCAUCUGGCAAUGUCAUUACCAAUGCUAUAUUAAUAACAACUAAAGGCAAGAUGAGUUUCACAUUUACUCAACUUCAAGACAGAGAGGUUAUUUUGGACAAAAUAUCAUUCUUCUUGUACAAACAGCCAAGUAUCAAAGAUGCAGGAGACAAUGGGACCACUGAAAAUAACCAACCAAAAGAAGCUAAUGGCAACUUCCCAAUUCAACCUGCUCUAAUUAGCCUGUUUAACCGAAGAGAUUCAGAUGAACUGACCAAUAAAGAAUCCAUAAAACAACAUCUGUGGGGUAUACACUUUUCUGAAUAUGGAAAAGGAGUAUGUAUGUAUCGAACACACAAAACCCGAGAACUUAUUCUGAAAGGUAUUCCUGAUAACUUAAGGGGAGAAAUUUGGAUGACAUUUUCUGGUGCUGUCAAUGAAAUGAUUACAAACCCUGGUUACUAUGCCAACAUGGUACAACAGAGUGCAGGCAAAAAUAACAUUGCCACUGACGAAAUUGAAAGAGAUUUACACAGAUCAUUACCCGAACAUCCAGCUUUUCAAACAGAUUUGGGAAUUGAUGCCCUCCGCCGAGUCUUAACUGCAUAUGCCUGGAGGAACCCUACUAUUGGAUAUUGCCAAGCAAUGAAUAUUGUCACCAGUGUCCUGUUACUCUAUGCCAACGAAGAAGAGGCAUUUUGGCUUCUCACCUCUCUCUGUGAACGACUGCUGCCUAAUUAUUACAAUACCAAAGUUGUUGGUGCUUUGGUAGAUCAAGGUGUUUUAGAGGAACUUUUGAAAGAAAAUCUACCUGAACUUCACCAACGUUUAGAUCACAUGGGAAUUCUUGGUAUGAUCUCCCUAGCCUGGUUCCUCACUUUGUUCCUCAGCGUAAUGCCAUUUAACUGUGCUGUGAAUAUCUUGGACUGCUUCUUCUAUGAUGGUGCUAAGGUCAUUUUCCAAAUUGCUUUGACAAUCUUAGAAAACAAAAGUGAAGAAUUACUAAGCUGUCAUGAAGAUGGUGAAGCAAUGACAGUUCUGACCAAUUAUCUGGAGAAUGUCACCAGCCAUGACUCCACAAUGCCUGUUGUAUUACACACUUCUUCAAUGCCAUCAACACCACAAAAGCCAUCAGUUGAUGUAGCAGACCUUAUAGAUGAGAGCUACAGACGUUAUAGCCACAUAACAAAUCAGGAUAUUGAAAAACUACGGCUGAAAUAUCGCCUGAAAGUAGUCCAAAACAUCGAGGACAGUACAAUGAAGAAUAUUCUUCGCAGUGUAGCAUCAGAGACAGUGUUUGAAGGGAAGGAACUUGAAGACUUAUACGUUUUGUUUCGGGAGGAGUAUUUAACAUCAUGCUACUGGAGAACCAGUCAACAACCAGUGGAUACCAUUGAUAAAUUUGACCCAUCACGUCCAUACUAUGAGCAGUAUAAAGUAGACUUUGAUCAGUUUAAGACCAUGUUUUUUUCCCUUUGUCCAUGGGCCACCGGAAAUCUUGCAGAAACUCUGACUCUGAGGGCAUUCAGGUUUUUGGAUGAAAAUAAAGACUAUAUGAUUAACUUCAAAGAAUUUGUCUGGAUUCUGGGCAUUGUUUGCAAAGGUGAACUGGCUAGUCGUCUUAAACUACUUUAUCAACUACAUCAACCACCUGCCCUCCUUGGUUCGGAAUCUUUGGAGAUUGAAACACCUAAGUCAACAUUAUCAGACUCAACUGAGAGCGCGGUUGAGGCGACAUACUUCUUUGAAGAGGAAGAGGAGGAAGAGGAGGAAAGAGAUUCCAGCAAAGAUGAUCUUGAAUUACCUUCAGCCUUCCCUGAUGACCUUUCUUCUAAUGAAGACAUCUCCCUUCAAGAUGGCUCACCUCUUAAAACACUAACCUCAAAUGAUAACCUGGACAUUGAGAAGGAUCUCUGUGAACGUCUGCGACAGGAUUCAUCGAUGUAUUCCGCCGACAGUGACACUAACACCCUAUCGACUGUUGAUCAUUUAGAAGACGAUGAAGGCAGUGUUUCAGAGACUGCCAUUAGCACCACAACCAGCACAUCGAAAGAUAGCGUCACUUUCAGCGGACUGCGGAAACGUUCUGUAUUAAACAUCAUUAAGCAGGAUAGCAAAGCUGAGUUCCGCAAUGUACCACGUUUGAAUCAGGAACAAUUCAUUCAGCUGUGGAAAACUUUGUAUGAUAUGUUUGCUAACCAUCCAGAAGAGCAACAACUGUAUCAUUCCAUUGCAAAUGUCGGCACUCUUUUACUGGAAAUUGGAGAAGUUGGCAAGAAGUUCUACCUAAAGACUGGUGAAGGUGAAGACUGCACCUCUGAAUCUGAUGAAACACUAAGUGAAAAUAGUGCUCUUGUUGCCGAUGACAACCGCACCAGCCUAUCAACAUCCACUGCAACAGUUGACUCGGUUUUACACACCUCCUCUGAGAACAACUCUGAGCUUGCUAAAGAGGAGAAACCAUUAGACAAUACCACCAUUUCUUCUGGCAACACUACGUCUGUGGACAGUGGGACUGGUGGAGUUGAUGACAAGUUAGAUGAUACUUCACCAAGGCCAAGGCAGAUCUCAGAGACAAGUGAUGCAUCAAGCAAACCAGAUUCUGACUGGCUGAUAACAUUUGAGCAGUUUUUAGCCUCCAUGUUGACAGAACCCCCUGUGGUGAAGUAUUUUGAACAGAACAUAAAUGUCAGCUCCCUAGUUCAGACAUUACGAAACCGGCGCCUUGCACGCCACACCAGUGUUGCCCCUUCAAAGGGAACCAAAUAAAUAAACGACCUUUCUUCGCUCUUCUUUUUCUUCAUCUCCCAACCUCUCUCUCUCUCUCUCUCUGUCUCUCUCUCUCUCACACACAUUCUAUUUGUUAGAUCAUGCAUGCUCGAUGCAUCAAGUACAGUGCGUGGCAUAAUAAGUAUGAUUCAGGAGAGGGUUCAUUUUGACUCCAAAUAAAAAAAAAAAACAUUCAAUUCACUUUGAGAUUAAUGGAAACUUUAAUUAAACCAUAUAAAAUAU